GCUUUGUCACAUACGGAGCUGCGUAGUAAAUUAUCAAAUCAAGUACGUCACAUGCUGCGACACUAUGUAUGCGUCGCGAGUCCGAAGACUUUGAUGCGAUUGCUUGAAGUUUUGCUUGCCUGACGUCGGAGCAUUCACAUUUAGAUUGCAAGAUUCUUCGAGCAUCCCCUGGAGAACCCAAUUUUGGCAAGCGGCGGGAACGUGCAUCGCUGCGGUUCGGAUUCGUGCUCGGAAAGUCGCUCUGAUCAAGUGGCAGUCGAUGUCCGAGUUGGGCUAGAACUUGGGACCGAUUAGGCCGCGUGGGUUUGAAUUGUGGUGCAGAUUUUGUGUCGGAGGUGAUGCAUGCUUGUUAAGUAAUUGGUCAUGGUUGCAAAGGGAUUAGGAGAUGACUGGAGCUGAGAAGAUGGAGGAAGGUGUUGGCCAUGGCCAGAAUGGAGGUCACGAAGUUGUAGGGGUGGGGCGAGAUGGGAUGGAAAUUGAGGUGUUGAAGCAAAUGCGGGCGAUGCUAGCCAAAGUUGACCCUACAUCCAAGGACACCGACGACGCAACUUUGCUUCGCUUCCUCCGGGCAAGGUCCAUGUGCGUUCCGAAAGCUUGCAAAAUGUUCGCCGAACACCAGAAAUGGCGACGGGAAUACUUCCCUCAGGGUCAUGCUCAAGAAGACGAGAUUAAGGAUGAGCUCACUGCAGGGAAGUUUUUCAUGCAAGGUCAUGACAGAAAGGGUCGCCCCAUAGCCCUGCUCCUAGGAGCGAAACACGUUAGUAGCAAAAAGACCAUCGAAAGGCAGAAACAGGCCCUCUCUUAUUUAAUGGACAAACUUAUUUGCAGUAUGCCACCUGGGGAGGAGAAAUUCAUUGUUAUAUCUGAUCUCAAGGAUCUGAAACUUAAGAAUCUAGAUUUUCGGGGAUUCAUCUCUGCAUUCAAUUUCAUGCAGGCUUAUUAUCCAGAGCGAUUGGGAAAGGUAUAUGCGUUGCACAUCCCUCAAUUAUUUUGGGCCUUCUGGAAAUUGGUUCACCCCUUCCUAGACGACGUCACAAAAGCCAAGAUUUCGUUUGUGGAAGAUGAUAAAAUAGAAGAAACUUUGCUGAAAGACAUCAGUUUGGAGGAGAUUCCGACUUUGUAUGGAGGUUCGAAGGAGUUGGUACCGCUUGAACUUGCGCAACCACCCGGUUGGCCUCAAUUCAAGCCUGUCACCUGAUCGAUUUUGUGGAAGCCACUACGUUGUGUGGCAUUAUUUUUAGGUACAUUGCCGUAACCGUAACCAGACAAUUGAUUCCUGAAUCACUCGUCGAGUAAGACAUUGUUAUUCUUAAUUCGGUCAAUUUUUCUCCACAUUCUGAAAGUACAAUCAGAGAAAGACAGGCCCAGAUCUCCAGCCACGCGGCUGAGUGACUAAGGUGGUUGUCAAAUUGAACAGGUGUCUAUGAAAAUUAGAUAUGUUGAUCGAUCCCGUUAUCUAACUACCUUAAACAUUCAAUGAAGACUUCCAGCAAGAGGCUUCCCGUUCAGCUGCACAUCGCCCAUUUACUAUACCUUGUGCAUUGUGAGUCAUCCGUUAGUCAUGAUUCAUGAGUCACAAAUGGCGGCUGUAUUUCAAUACCUUAAAAUUAUAGGCAUGUAGCCAAAUUCCGCUGUGUCUGCUGCUCCAGAUCACUAGGAAGCUUCAGAGACACCUAUUUCAUGAAUUCCAUGCUUGGAACCUUUCGAAGUAUAUUCAAUCAGACGUUCAAUUACAAUAGCAA